AUGGGUAGAGAAAUAGUUAUAGGUUUAGUAGGAAAACCAUCUAGUGGGAAAUCAACCACAUUAAAUUCUUUAACCGACGCCCAUGCAAAAGUAGGUGCAUUCCCAUUCACAACCAUUGAUCCAAAUAAAGCCACUGGAUAUCUUGAAAUUGAUUGUGCAUGUAGUCGAUUUGGUUUACAAGCUAAUUGUAAACCAAAUUAUGGUUAUUGUAGAAAUGGGAAAAGAGGAGUACCUAUAAUGUUAUUAGAUGUUGCAGGUUUAGUUCCCAAUGCUCAUUUAGGUCGUGGAUUGGGGAAUAAAUUCCUUGGAGAUUUGACGGAAGCUGAUUGUUUGAUUCAUAUUGUUGAUGUUAGUGGAACUACUGAUGCCGAGGGGAAAGCUACUAGAGGUUAUGAUCCAUUACAAGAUAUUGAAUGGUUACAAGAUGAAAUUUUUAGAUGGAUUUUGGGGAAUUUAACUGAAAGAUGGCCCUCCGUGGUAAGGAAACAUGUUGGAACUAAAUCAAGUACUUUAGAUACCCUAUGUCAACAAUUAGGAGGAUAUUCUGCCAAUAAGAAAUUAAUUGGUCAAACUUUAGAUUUAUUACCUGGUUUACCACCUUUACAAGAUUGGAAUCAAGAAUUAAUUGAAAAAGUGGUGAAAACUUUUAUGCAAGUAAAAUUCCCCACCGUAUUAUCAUUAAAUAAAAUGGAUCAUCCUGAUUCUGAUAAAAAUGUAUCUAAAAUUAUAUUAAAAUAUCCAAAACUGAAAGCAAUUUUAACUUCUUCAAUAACUGAAGUUUUCUUACGGAAAUUAAAAGCACAAAAUUAUAUACAAUAUGAACCAGGAAGUGAAUUUGUAGAUACAAUAGAUGAUUUAGGUCCCGAAUCAGGUCUAAAACCCCUUGAUGAUAAAUUAAGGAACCGAAUUGAAAAUAUCCGUGAUUUGGUACUAUAUAGAUUUGGAUCAACUGGUGUGGUUCAAUUAUUACAAGCAGCUGCUGAUUUAUUACAAUUAGUUCCAAUUUUCCCCGUGAGAAAUAUAAAUAGUUUUACGGUGAAUUCUGGAGAUUAUGUAUUUAGAGAUUGUAUUUUGGUUAAAAAGGGAACGCCGGUAAUCUCAGUAGCUAGAAAAAUUAUGGGAGAUGUAACUAUUGCAGCUAUUGAAGGUGUUGGUGGAAGAAAAAUUGGUGAAGAAGAUACCGUAGAUGUAGGAAAGAAUGACAUUUUAUCUUUCAAGAUUGUACCUGGAAGUCAUACUAAUUAG